AUCUUGAUCCAGGUUGGGAGAGAGAGAGAGUGAGCAAGUUACCACCACCCCUUUGUUUUUUUUUUUUAUCUUGUAUCUGUCAAAAUGAGGAAGCCUGAUUCCUAUGGGAACAGCAGCUCUAACAGCAACACUAACAAGCUGAGAAAAGGACUCUGGUCACCUGAAGAAGACGACAAAUUGAUGAGCUACAUGCUCAAUAAUGGGCAGGGCUGCUGGAGCGACGUGGCCCGCAACGCUGGGCUGCAGCGGUGCGGCAAGAGUUGCCGCCUCCGGUGGAUCAAUUACUUGCGGCCUGACCUCAAGAGAGGCGCUUUCUCCCCCCAAGAGGAAGAGCUCAUCAUCCACUUGCAUUCCAUCCUUGGCAACAGGUGGUCGCAAAUCGCUGCUCGGUUGCCCGGACGGACCGACAACGAAAUAAAGAACUUUUGGAACUCGACCAUAAAGAAGAGGCUCAAGAACUCUUCAUCAUCUUCUUCUAGACACUCACCAAACACGAGUGAUUCCUCCUUAUCAUCAGACCCUAAAGAUGUCAUGGGAGGUCUCAUCUCCCUUCAGGAACAAGGACUCAUGCCACUUUAUGUGGACUCAUUGUCAUCCGUGCAAGCUUUGGCUCUCAACCAGAUUAUCGAUCCGUUAUUACCCUCGCUCAACCAAGGCCUUGACCUCCCCGGUUUAAGUGGAUACUGUGAUUCGAACCCUAAUUGCUGCACUGUGCAAGGCGGAGUUAGCGGUGAAUUCGGGAGAUUCGGAGGUGCUGUUGGUUGUGGGAUUAAUGGAGAUCAGUUCUAUGUUCCUCCGCUAGAGAGCAUAAGUAUUGAAGAAAACGUGAAAACUGAGAACACAUACGAUAGUGAACACAAUAGUAGCAACAACCUUAACAACUUCAACUAUACCAAUGAUGAUGUCGUUGAUAACAUAGGCAACUUUAACAACUAUGGCAGAAUAGAAAGCAUGGCUGGUUUAGGGUGGAAUGGAGGAGAGGAGAUGAAAGUGGGUGAAUGGGACUUGGAGGAGUUGAUGAAAGAUGUUUCUUCAUUUUCUUCUGCUGAUUUCCAGGUUAUUCAAUAGGUGGUGAUAGCUCUCUCCCAAAAUCAUCAGCAAUUUUUUUUCUUUGUUUCUCUGUCCCCCACUCUGAAUAGUCAAACCGUUUUCCCUUUGGAUUAAGAAAAGAGCAAGAACCCUAGAAUAUAUACUUUCAUGAACUUAGGAAACCCGUCUGCUAUUGUCACAUAUUCCACCACAAAAAUAAAUUCCCCAGCUUUCUCUCUUGUUUUCGCUUAAUUUUGCGACGACCGGGCCACAACACCAUGGUAGUUUAUAGUGUAUAUCCCUUUUUCCCCCCAUAAAAGUGAGCUUUGGCACUUGGAUCUGGAAGGUAGAUGGUGCGAAAGGCAUUCCCGGGUUGUUUGAUACACUCUUGCUUGUAAGUAGUUUGCUGUGGUCGCUUUUGUCUCAUAGCGAUCAUGUCAAGUUCCGGAAUAAUGGUCGAUGUAUACAUGCGAAUAAAAGUAGAGGGAAACAUCAAGUUGGUAGGUUUUGCAAAUUUGUGAUCAUCAUGUGAUGUACAAAUCGAAAGUUGGGGGGUGGAAGUUGUUAUUAGUGGAGAGUUAUCUGAUUUAAAGUGAAAAUCUCUCUCUCUCUCUCUC